UUGGUCUGUUUUUGUUUGUCAAAUAGAAAUAAGGUUGGAAAAUUAGGGCAAUGGAGAUUGAGAACAAGAAGAGGAAGACGAGGAAUCACGAGGUUGUGGCUCUCCCUCAAGAACUGAUAGAGAAAAUUCUGUUACUUUUACCAUUGAAAUCCCUUGUUCGAUUCAGGUGCGUCUCUAAGCAAUGGUUCUCUAUGAUUUCCGAUUCUCAUUUCACAAAAUCGCAUUUCGAUCUCGCACCUACCACCACCAACGAUAUGCUUAUCUAUUUUUCGCCCGUGAAUUCCGUGGCUCGUUGUGUGGAUGUAGAAGAAUCGAUUCACCGUGAUUAUGCGGUUCGCAUUCCUGUAACUUAUGAACAUUAUGCCCUUAGGGUUAGGGGUUCUUGCAGGGGCUUCAUAUUGUUGCUUAAUUGCGUUAACGGUACGCAUUUUGUUAUGUGGAAUCCAACAACUGGUUUUCACACAAGAGUUUCAUAUCCAAGUGGUCUUUUUUUUCUACUUUGGGCUGGUAUUGGUUAUGACAAAUCUAGUGAUGAUUAUUUAGUAGUUGCUGGGUGGCGUGAUCGAUUUGAAGAAACUUCUAAUUUAAGACAUCGUUGGGAGUUUUUCUCUGUUAGAAACCAUUCAUGGAAAGAAAUUGAGACAGGGGACUUUCAUAGUAACCAUCUGAUUACCUGCAAUUCUGGAGUGUUUUGUAACGGUGCUAUUCAUUGGUUUGCGGUUCGCACUGUCGGUGAUAGUGCUAGGGUAAUUGUUGCCUUUGGUUUGGAGGAAAAGAAUCUAUCGAUAAUUUCGAUGCCCGAUUUACAAGGUGGUGGCACCCCGACUUUAAAGCUGUUGGGAGGAUACCUUGGGAUAUGUUACACGGAAUGGCAACCUUGGAGGAAUGAGCUAUGGGUGAUGAAAGAAUACAAGGUGGAGUCCAGUUGGACUAAGCUCAAUAUUGAUUUUCCUGAUGGAUUCAUCCCCAUGUGUUUAACUAGAGGCAGUGAAUGUGUCGGCUGGAAAAACAUAAAGGAGUUGAUGAAAUUUAGUGACAAAGGAAUGUUGUUAGAGUCUAGACGAACUAGUUGUGACAUUCACACAAUCAAGCUAAUGUUUGCUAGGACCUUGCUCACGCUGCCCGGUCAGUAAAGAAUAAACGGCGAAGGCAAUCGCUAAUUGCAAACAAGAGUAGGGUAUGUAAAUAUGAAAUGUUCUCAAAAUUUUCUGAUUGCUUGUUUCUGUUGAUCUUGCAUUGUUGAUUGAAUGGAACGUGUAGAAUGCAACAUGGGACACAGUUUAUUUAAUGCAUUUUCAUUGUUUAGAUGGAAAAGUUUUAGUU